GCGGAGAGGGGUGCUGGGCGCGCGCCAACGCCGCCGCUGCCGCCGGGGACAGCCCGGAGGUGGGGAGCCAGUGACCGUGGCGGGUCCCGGGAACGUUAAACUCUCAAGUUGGGCAUUGGGACCUUUUGUCACAAGGAGCAAUGCUGCCCCGAUGGGAACUGUCUUUGUACCUGCUUGCUUCUCUAGGCUUCCACUUCUACUCUUUCUUCGAAGUUUACAAAGUCUCCAGAGAACAUGAAGAGCAACUUGACCGAGAAUUUGACCUGGGGACUGGCAUUUUAUUUGGAGGAUUAAAGAAGGACCGGACUGACUUUGAGUGGAGCUUCUGGAUGGAGUGGGGGAAGCAGCAGCUGGUGUGGCUUCUCCUUGGCCACGUGGUUGUGUCUCAAAUGGCCAACCAGAUUGCAAGGAAGCACAGACCCUGGAUCCUCACGGCCUAUGGAAUGUGGGCCUGCUGGUGUGUGCUGGGGAUCCCAGGAACGGCCACGAUUUUUCUCCACACCCUCAUCUCCUUCUGCGUAGCCCAGUUCCGGUCGUUGUUCCUAUCAUGGCUCUGUUCGCUCCUCCUGCUCUCCACACUGAGGCUGCAAGAUGUGGAAGAAAUUAAGAGAGGGUGGUACAAGACAGAAAACGAGUACUACUUGCUGCAGUUCACGCUGACCGUUCGCUGCCUGUACUACACCAGCUUCAGCCUCGAGUUCUGCUGGCAGCGGCUGCCCGCUGGCGGCACCUUCUCCUUUCCCUGGAUGCUGGCCUAUGUCUUCUAUUACCCGGUCUUCCACAACGGGCCCAUCCUCGGCUUCCGGGAGUUCAUCAGACAGAUGCAGCAGCAGGAGCACGGCCCGCUGAAGUUCAGCCUUCCCGUCCUCGCCCGGGGGCUGGGCCGCCUCUUCUGUGGCUGGUGCUUGGCGGAGCUGAUGGUCCACCUCAUGUACAUGCACGCCAUCUACAGCAGCGCCCCGCUCCUGGGGGCCGUCUCCUGCUGGACCUUAGGAGGACUGGCAUUGGCCCAAGUGCUCUUUUUCUAUGUGAAGUACCUGGUGCUUUUCGGCGUCCCAGCUCUGCUCAUGCGCCUGGAUGGACUCACGCCUCCCCCGCUUCCUCGCUGUGUGAGCACCAUGUUCAGUUUCACAGGGAUGUGGAGGUAUUUUGAUGUUGGACUGCAUGAUUUCUUAAUCAGGUAUGUGUACAUUCCAGUGGGCGGGUCCCAGCAUGGCCUUCUGGGGACAUUGUUUUCCACUGCAAUGACUUUUGCAUUUGUGAGCUACUGGCAUGGUGGGUACGACUACCUCUGGUCCUGGGCAGCACUCAACUGGCUGGGAGUCACCGUGGAGAAUGGAGUCCGGAGGCUUGUGGAGACCCCGUGGGUCCAGGACUUCUUGGUCCGGUUCCUCUCCCCACAAGCUCGCCGUCGAUGCCACGCCGCCCUAGCGUCUUGUUCCACCUCCAUGCUGAUCUUGUCCAACCUGGUGUUCCUCGGGGGCAAUCAAGUCGGGAAGAUCUACUGGAACAGGAUCUUCAUACAAGGCUGGCCGUGGGUGACCCUCUCUGUCCUGGGAUUCCUGUACUGCUACUCUCACGUGGGCAUCGCCUGGGCUCAGACUUACUCCGUGAACUAAUUAAUGCCACCGGGCCCAGGUCAGCCCUUGCUGCUGGCCUUCGAGGCAAACGGUGCUUCUCCCUGACCUCGCACCCCAAGAUAACCUCCAGGGGAACAGUGCUUGAUCUGCUCAUCUUUUGCUGAAGUUACCUCACUCCAAGACUGGAAGCUUGAGCGUCAUAAAAAAUCGACAUCCAGAGAGUCUUCUAACUCUGGGGACUGAGAGAUCAUCUCCCCCCACCAUCACUUCCUGUUGAGUAAGCUGGGGUCCAGAGCGCUAGUGCCUUGCCCAGCUGCACAGGGCGACCUCGUGGUCUAGAACCCAGUCCCAAGGGCCCUUUGGGUUCUUUCUCCUUUACCAAGAAUUAAAUGUAAUGGACAUUUCUUGAUUGAGGCACAAAAAUCCUGACCAGUGCUGGGCCUGUCCUCCGCUGGGCAGUAUUUCUGAAAUGUUUUGGUGACCCCUUCCUUCCCCACAUCCUGCAGUGUGGUCUCUAGAACCAGCACUGGGGUUUGAGCUUCCAGCAGGGAAGUGACAAAGCCACAGCUUUGUUUCUAAUAACCCAGUCAGAGAAGAUACGAUAUGAUCUGUCAUAUUCCAAGGAGUCGGUACCCAAGGAGCCUUGUUAUUUGAACUUCAUCAAGGGCCAUCUGCAUUUGGCUGCUUGUUCUUUAGAUUUGCAGAGCAGUAUAAACAUGACAGUGCUUCUACCCGACAGUUAAUUGUUCCCACAUAAAGAAGCAGAAUAGCGUGUCCACAGACAGGUGCUGGCAGGCGCAUCCCAAACGGUGAGGAUGGCUCCCUGUGGUCUUUUCUUCACGCAGGUCCCACUGUCAUCUUCCCACUCAGUGGUUUACAUUCAGUGAUUUUCAUUGUUUUGUUUCCAAUAAAAUGGAGCCAUUUCUAUCACAUAGCUAAUUCA